AUGUCAUCUCUUUUUAAGACCAGAUAUGGUCUGACAGAAAUUCAAAUCAGUUUGACUUUUAUUGCAAACGGUGUUGGAUCGAUGGUUGGAACGUUGGUGACAGGAAAGAUUCUUGAUAAAGAUUACCGGCGCGUCAAAGCGAAAUAUGAGGACACCUUGGAUAUCGAACGCAGAACAAGACACGAAGAAGACUUUACCCUAGAACAAGCUCGUCUUAGACUUAUGCCCGUCUUCCCUUCUGAAAUGAGCGCGGCUGCAAGUGCGAGUCUGAACUUUGCGAGAUUCCUGUUUGCCGCUGGAGGAACAAGUUUCAUCAUGCCGAUGAUUAACGGUGUUGGGGUCGGGGUUGCAUUCACCAUUUGUGCUGUUGUUCAAGCAGUAGCACUGAUAGGACCUUCGAUUCAAUACAAAUGUUCUGCUGGAUGGAGGCGAAAGGACAGGGAGAAGGCCGAGCAGAGGGAUGGAGAAGGGAAAAUUGAGAAGUGA